GCAUAUUCAAAUAUCAGUUACAGGAAAAAAUCAAGUCCUUGCACUUAAGAAAUUGAAGGACUUGUUGAACACGAGCCACGAGCUCUUUCCUAUUCAGACUCGGUAAGAAUUGGGGACGAAGCCGCCAGAAUAGGCAGCUGAACUGCGGAGUUCCGCCCUGUUUUGUGGGUAGAGUCAAGAUCGGGCGGAAACUGCGGAGAUUUAUUGAUCAGCUCCCGCGGCCGCAGUCCAGACCACAGGAACCGAUUAAACCCCUCGCGGCCCAAGUAGAAGGCGGGGAUGGGGAGGGGGGAAGAGAGGGAGAGAUCCUGCGCCCUCCCAUUCUAUGGCCGAAGCCAGGCGGAGGUCCCUCGGGCGAAGAAUCCCCACCUGCCCGUGCACCAAAGGGCUUUGCUGCCGGCGGGUACCCGAGAACGGCCGCAAUCCCAACCAGAGUUCCGUGGGAAUGCUCGCCUCGUGCCCAGCAGCCGGGCUCAACGGUUUCCCAGCGGGAAGUCCAGUCUGACCAGGCCGAGAGCACAAGUGCCUCAGCUGCGCCGGAGUUCGCCUGGGGCUGCUGGUUGCCAUCGCCCGAGGAAGCUCUGCUGGUUAAGAUCUAAGAAGAAUUCUAUGGUGUGAAAAUGGCAUCAACAAGUGUUACACGUAGUCCUUUUGUGGAACUAGAUGAAGAAUAUAGGCAAAAAAAUCCUUUUGAAAAGAUGAACACUGAAAUCUACCUUUACAGAGAUAUUGAAUGCACAGAGAAAGAAAUUAUUAGAAAAACUAAACAGAAUCUGAAGACAUAUGAAAGGAGCACCAUUUCAUCAAGAGCCCGGUGUCGAAAGGCUUUGAGAAAACUAGAAGAAGUCACUGAACAAGAAACAACAGAAACAAUUGGAAAAGAUGUUCCUGCUCUGAAUUGGGCUCUUGCUUUUGCAAAGUGUUGUCAAAGUGACAAACAGUCUAUAGCAGAUUAUAUCAGUGAAGAGAAGGAGCUAUUUCUAUUGGAGUACUCUGUUAAAAUAAAACAGCGCACCAUGGCAAAGCUGGAGAAGAUGGCAGCAAGGGAAGAGAGGAGGGCCAGAAUGGCUGAAGCAAAAUUAGAAGAAGAUACCUUUGCAUUUGAGGAGUUUCUCAGAGCAAAUGAUAAGAGCUCUGUAGAGGCCCUUAAAUUGGCAACUCAGGAAGCAAAAUACAAAAUGGAAGUAACAACAGAACUGAGGAUAGCAAUGAAUGAACUGUUCUCCCUUAAAAGUGAAAUUGCAAACACUGAAGACCUUUUGAAGAUGUAUUUAUCCUAUGAAGCCUUUUUGUUUAGUAUUUCUCCCAAACCUUGGCAAGAGCAGCGGAUGGCAAAGAGGAAGAAAGACCGGAAAAAAAGCCCAUCAAAAUCCCUUAUUUCUUUCUCACCAGCUGCGGAUAAAGCCAAACUAAUCUCAGCCUCCAUUGUAUUACAAAAUAAAAUAAGCAAAAUAGCACAUCAUAAAGGGCCACAACCAGCCAAAAAAGUGAUAGUAGACAAAUCAGCAUCAGUCAUCUUAAGCAAUCCUGAGGAAAAGGCACAAGUUUCAAAUAACCAAGGAGACUACAGGUUCUUUAGAAAGUCAUCACAAGUAGUAAUGGACCCCAAAAUAUUCGUAGAUGAUAAAAAUAUAUCAUCAGAAAGUGGUUUAAGUGAAACCAGCUUCUCUCUAUCUUCAGAAGACAAUUUUAACUUGGAUGAUAUCCAGAAUUGUGACAAAGAGCCAGAGAUUUAUUUCAAAGACACAGAAGAGUUACUUCAUAUGUUCAGAUAUCUUGAAGAGCAAAACCUUUCAUUAUUCCAAAACAUUCAAGAAAUUAGUGGCACAUUGGAAGAAAGCCAGCAGAGAGAGAAAAUAGUUAAGCAGCAUAUGGAACAAAAGGUAAAGUGCCUUAGAGACAAAAAAGAAGCUCUGAUAGCUUCUUGCCUCAAAGAAGAUGGGAAAAGUGCUGAACUGGCAUUAAAAGCGAAAAUGUUUUCUUCAGGAGAAUAUAAUCCAGCAUCCAUGAAUAAAAUACUGGAUUCGCUUACUAAAAAAGUAGCAGAAGUAUACAAAGUUUGCUGUGGGACACAGGAAGUAUCCAGCAUGAACUCAUUCCAAAUGCUAAAAAAAAUAGAAAUGCGAGUUUCAGAACUCUGUGAGAUGUUCGAUAUACUUCCAAAAGAGUAUCUUGAGAUCAUUGAAGUCACCGAAAAGCUCAGAGCAAAAGAAAGACGACAAAAGAUACGUGAAGACAAAUUGAAAGAACUUAGAAGAAUUCAGGAAGAACGGCUGAAGCUUGCUCUUGAGAGAGCAAUUGCAGAACCAAAGAAAAGGAUGGGAAGAAAAUUAGUGUACCGGUCACAGCCUCCAACGACUAAGCACGAAGCAAAACAAGCUACAGAUGCAACUACAAAAAGUGAAGAUGAUUACUACUUCACUUGAUAUUCUUGUGUAAGGUGUAUUUUUGUACUAGUUAUAGAUCUUGCUCCUAGCUUAGUCCAACUGAAUCAUAUAAAGUAAAUGGUGAUGGAAUAAGUCUGAUCCCAUUUGCUUUAAAACAUUUGUAUUAAGGCUAAAUAAUCCCAGUUUUUAUACUUGUUUAUCUUUCAUAUUGACUGUUUCUUUCAACAAUAUGUAUUUUUAUACCCCCAAAAUGUAAAGUUACAAAACAUGUAAUUUUUUCAAAAGCUACAACUGAACAUGUAUUUUACACAUUAAAAAACACAAGAUUUUCCAACAUUAUUCUCUCAUUUCUCCAUCUUCUUCUUCUUCUUCUACACCCCUUAUGUAUA